AUGAUAUUUUUUUUCUAAUAACGAAAUGAUUUUUAGGCUAAUAGAAAAAUGAUCGUUCAAGAUAUAUUCACAAUUAAUAAAGAGUUACAAAAAGAUAUUUUACUCCUCAAUAAUCUUUAAGAAAAACUUAUCGUUCCAAGUAAGAUUUUUAUCGCAAACUCUGAACCUGCUCGGUUUUACUCCCUCUUGUUCUUUGGUACGAGAUUCUCAUAGCAACGAGUUGCUGAUUAAAACGUGCCAAUAGAACACUCCUGUGUAUGUUCUAAGGCUUCCUACAUUGGCACCGAAAACGAACGUGACUCUGCAGAGUAACCUUCGGCAAGUUUGGGUUUCCGGUGUUACGGAUUUUUGGCCUUUCAUUUUUUAUGCGGUCACGCUUUUUAAAUUCCAUCUGUUCUAGGGGAUUCCUUUUUUUACACCUCAUUGUGUAUAAGAUCACAACGUUGUUCGCAAAUAUUACGAUAACGCCUUACGAAAAAUUCAAAGAGAGAUUACGCCAGAUUUCGAAUGCGCGAAUUGGAAUCCGUCUCGUGUGCUUCGCAUGUGUAAAACGCUGACGGAUUUACCGCCUUCUGAUAUCCUGAAUCAGUGAAUUCCAGCUUCUGUACGUUCGUCAUUUUAUAAUUUUGCAACCGCUUGUCUCUUGCAGUUCACACGGGAAUUAUAAUCCUCUUAUACACUCCUUAUUCACGAUGUAAAAAGAUAUAAUUGCUUUUAUUAUUUCUAAUGUGGAAUAUUCGAAAGUUACAGCAAUCGUUGAAAAUAUCUUUAUUACGUUGAGUCUCGUUUGCAUAAUUAUUAAAAUUCUAUGAUUCCUUCUCAAGAUUCGAAGAGGAAUUCGAUUUCGAUCAUCGAUUUUCUCUUCUCUUCACGUCGACGAAAAAUCAUUUUCUGGAUAAGAUUCCGAUUAACGAAAGAAAAGCACGAAUCACCGGGAAUCCCAAGCCCGAUGAAAUUCUGAGACACUUUGCGAUCGAUCGGCUGCGAAGGGGGUGUGUCGAACCCGUGGCUCGCCACCGCACCCCACUUUUACGUGGUCUCGAGAAUUACGUAAGCUGAGAUGAGUCGAAACGACACGGCGAUGCCGACUUGCACAAUUUCGUAACCACCAGAUAUAUUACACCUGCGACUGGAUGGUUGAUCAUGUUAGAUUGUUGUGUGUAUGUGUGUGUGUUUGUGUGUGUAAUAUUUAUUAAAUAAUAAAAUAUACCUGACAACUUAUCAUAGUUAAAACUUAUACAUCACUACAUAGCGCCAUAUUUAGCAUCUCUGUAAAUUCAACAUUCUGUGUUAUUAGAAAUUUGAUAGAUUUAGGCUCUUUUUGGAAAAAUCAUAUAAAGUUUUAUAGUUUCAAAGAGUUUUUAUUAUGAUUAAUAUUCAAGGCGAGAGAGAAAGAAACAAAGGUGAAAAAUUUGGAUCAUUUAAAUUACUCGGGUAAAAUAUUUUAAUUUAAAUUGUCGAGAAUAACAGACUUUUUUUAUAGAUACCUGAAUCUGGAUAGCUUCGUGAAAAGUCAUUCUGAAUCAUCAACUUGAAAUAAUUGGAAAAUAUUAAAAGUAGUUUUUCUUUGAGCGGAUGAAAAUUUUCCAAGUCUCCUUGUGCAUGAUUUUUUUUUUUCAGAAAGCUAACAUUUUCUUGAGAUUUUUAUUUAGACAAGCAAGGUUUUAAAAAUAUUAAAACCAGUUUCUUCAUAAAAAAAUAAUUGUUGCAUAAUAUUAUCAUAUUAUUAUAGCUUUGGAUUCUUAUUUUUUCUUGAGUGCCAGUAACCUUUUUAAUAUACACAAAAGAGGUUUCGAAGAACUCUCUAUCAUUAUGUCAAAAUUCUAAAAACAGAUAAUUUUAUAAAGGUAUUCAGCGUUAAAUUCAAUCACAUCUCACAUCGAGUCUUGUUUCAAUGUAAAAAGAUUGAAUUCAAUGUCUACUUAUUAUUGAUGAUUGAAUUCAUUAUAAUUGUGAUAAGAAUAAAAUGGUCACAUUUAGCGUUAACUCUGCGAUAUGAGAUUAAAAUGAUUCUGCUGAUAGUAGAAGCGCAGCAUACAUCACUAUUUCUGCACGCUAUAAUCCUUCAUCAAGGAUGUCGCCAAAUAGCGCAAAUAUAUUUUAGUCUACCAAUUUCCAUCACAUCCAUUUUCCUCUACGAAAGAAUGUAACACUUGGAUAUAAAAUGCCUCUUGAGAUGCAUGAAGAAAAUAUUUUAAUUUAUUUAGCUCGAUGCAGCAAAUCAAUGACAAUACAGUGUGCGGUACUGAGAAGAGUCCCUGGCUUUGUCUACACUGCGGGUCCGUGCACUGCGGACGCUACGUGGCGGAACACGCGUUGCAGCACUACGAGACUAAUACUCAACAUUGCGUGUGCAUAGACUGUGAGAGCUUGGCAGUAUUCUGUUACACUUGCGACGAAUACGUGGUAAACGACACGACGAGUGGGCAGAUCGAGAAGAUACGGCGCGUCACCUUUCGCAAGGAUGAGCACAAGGAGAACGAUGAGAGCUGGAGCACGUCGCCGCCCACGACGCCGCCGUCCUCGAGAUCGCGCGACGGCGGCGGCGACGAUCACGACAACGACGAUCCGGACGCCCUGUGGAAGGCAGAGGUGGUCGUGAGAAAUUUACGGCCGAGAACGGCGCGAAAGAGGCUACACUCGCUGGACGCCAGCAGCGCGGACAAUCGGCCGGCCAAGCGUCGCAGCUCCAAGAGUACCAAAGAGAAAAAGGUUGUCGGUCUGAGAAACCUCGGUAAUACCUGCUUCAUGAACGUAGUGCUUCAGUCCUUCAACAACAUCAGCCACUUCUGCGAGUACCUCACGCAAAUGCCGUGUCUCGAGGGCAUCGCUUUUGACGAGUCCACGGGGCCGCCCACGCAUCGCGGUCGCAUCGUAACGCCGGGUCGCGCGAAGGAGAUGUCCAUGAGUGACGCUCUGCUCGCCGAGGAACUGCGAAAGGUGUUGCUCGGUCUAAGCUUGGGCGGUUCCAACGGCCAGGCGAUAUCGCCUGAGUGCCUGUUCCUAGCCAUCUGGAAGGUCGUGCCGAGAUUUCGGGGCUACCAGCAGCAGGACGCCCACGAAUUUCUCACUUACAUGCUCGACCGACUGCACACCGAGCUGCUGCAGCUGUUGCCCAGGCUGGGACACGAACCUCUAGGAUUACGCGGCAAACAGAGUAUCGUCACUGCCGUCUUUGGAGGCACUCUUCUUAGCGUGGUCCACUGUAUGAACUGUCGUACGGACUCGAAGACGCACGAGCCCUUCCAGGACCUCUCGCUGGACAUACCGGACAGACUGCAGAGGAGCAGGACGAAGGAGCAGGAGGAGGUGUGCAGUUUGACUUACAGUCUAACGAGAUUCUUCAAGGUCGAAGAGCUGGCGGACAGCGAGCUCUACUUCUGCGACAACUGCAUGGGCAAGCAGAGGUCUACCAAGAGGUUCUGGAUACACAGGCUGCCUAACGUGUUGUGCCUUCACAUUAAAAGAUUUAGGUGGUGCAAUUCCUAUCGCUCGAAGGUGGACACGCAGGUGGAUUUCCCGAUGGAGUCUCUCGACAUGUCCGCGUUCACCGUGCGCGGCGUCACCGGGACGAGAUUGGGCGCUCAGAAUAGUCAUCUUUACGACUUGGCUGCCGUUAUCGUGCACCAUGGUUCUGGUGCCGGUACUGGACAUUACACUGCCUUCGCCGUGCAUGACGGCCAGUGGUUCCAUUUUAACGACAGCUCAGUUCGGCCCGCGACUACCGACGCUGUCGCUAAAUGUAAGCCUUACAUUCUGUUCUACGUGCGGAGGGAAUUCUCCAUUCCACCCCCCUUGUGACGUCGUUUCCCCGACAACAAGCCCCGUCCCGGCAGCACGAGCCUAGAUGAUGAUGAUGAGGACGACGAUCAGGACGACGUGGAGCGAACGAAAGAAAACUGAGCGAACGUUUCCUUGCGAAUCUCGAAGCGAGCAAAUGAACAGACAAACGAAGUGGAAAAAGCAAGAGACCGCCGGUCGCGCCUCGAGCGCUUCGAGAUCGGAAGACGAAGAUUCGUCCGCUUAUCGCAUAUAUUAUAUCCAUACACAUAAGAUAGACCCCGCAUGCUAUAUAUUUUCUAGCACUUCGAGUAGGUUUGGUAGAACGGUGAGAGAGGAAAAACGUGGGGAAUUUGUCUUCUACUGUCCUUUGUUGUCAACAAACCGUUACGCAUCCGACCUGCGCGAGAAAAAAACAGACUCUUUCAUGUUUUGCUUCUCGCACCGUUCUGCUAUGGACAGAAAAAAUAUAUAUACAUAUAUACAUAUAUAGCUAAUGCUGAAUCUAUCUUAUAUGUUAUGAUUAUAUCCAUGAUUGCUCAUUGUUGCCAAAUCGUACAAUUUCAUUAGAAGCGUAAAUAGUCCGCGUUCGCUAUCGCGCCUCGACAAGCCGCUACGACGACCUUUGAGACGCGAUUGGGAUAACCGGUCACAUACAUAAUUCCGCCGCCACGUUAAUCGCUCGAACGCGUCCCUCCUCGCGCUUUAUCAGAUGAUUAAAAUCACGCUGCUCUUAAAUUAGCUCGAUAUCCGUCGAAGAAAGGUCGACCGGUGCAGCGUGUGAACGCGCUGAUACAUGUAUCGUAUCUCGUCACAGAUUAUUCUCAUGAUCUUUCUCAUCGUGUCUUGUCCUUUCGUUGGAGACGCUAUAGUCUCCUAAAAGCAUAAAACAAUUUUCCUCUCUUCGGAAUGCUUUGUUUCAUUUGUCGAUCGAGAUCAUGGUUUUUAAUUUUUUUUUCUACGUUUUAAUGUAGAAUUUUUUUUGUUUCUGCAAAUUUCACGGUAUGUUUAUAGCUGAGCUAUUCUACCGACACAUUCUAUCCUAUCAAAUCAUGUUUGUUUUUAAUCCUUUUUUCGAUUCUUGUUUAUUUUUUUUCUUAUAUCAUAUUUUAUGGAAUUUCUAAAUUAGGAAUGUAUUUACUUUUUUCUUUAUUUAUAUAUAGAGAGUUUGUUCUUUUAGAACGAACACAUACCAUUGUCAUUUCUAUCCGGAUAUGCCCCGAUUCGCGGAUCUUAAUUGCUCUAAGACGCAGGAUUGGAAUUUGCAGGGCGAAUCGCUAAUUCGGAGAUGCGGUGAUGCGGUGACGCGAGAGAGAGAGAGAGAGAGGUGAAAAAGAGAGAGGGACAGAGAUGGAGAAAGAGAGGAGAACAUUGCGAUGUAUGAUUGACGUCGAGCACGCAUGCGUAUCGUGCCAAUGUACGUAGCACGCAUGCGGUCGCGUGGAGGUGCGCGAUUGUAUGCGAGGCAUGUGCCGGCGGACGAAGCUUCUCUUCCUUUCUCGGUGACGACGAGAAGAGUGAGAAAGGAAGCUAGGUAGAUAGGGAGAAAGGGAGACAGAUGAGUGCGCUCGAGGUGGAUCGCGGAAACGCAUUGCCUUUAGCGUCGAUUUUCUUUACGCUCUUACGCGGCGGCCGUCGACCGCCCUCCUCUCCCUCACCUUGUCCCUCCCCGCCCUCCUCCUUAACCCCUUCAUGAUCAAAUCGAUUAAAACCCUCCCCGAUAGCGGAAUAACGUGUAAUCGUCGCGUUCCUCGUGUGUAGUCCUAAAAAAAAAAAAAUAAAAAAAAAGGAGAAGGGUUAAAGGGAAAAAAAGAAAAAAAACGCGAAAACGACUGGUCUUCUCGGUAGAUAGAUCUUUUUCUAGGCUUAGCGCACGCGGCUCACGUCGUCCCGACGGAGCCCGGAAAGCAAGUACCGUAUAGGGCCAACAGCGUUACUUCUCAAGCGACAGCCUUAUCCUUUCCUCCUCUCCCAUCCCCGCAACCCGUGUCUCCUCCUCCGUCCCUUCGUCGUGCAUGCGUCCAUGUAUAUACUUUUACGCGCACACAGACACACAUAUAUAUAUACACACACAUACGACAUAUGUUAUACACUUUGUACACAUAUACGUACACGUACACAUGCAUGAAUGUACGCAUACCACGUAUCCCCCGAUCUCGCCCUCUCCACCAUCGUCCUCUCGCUCCUCUUCCUGGUCCCUUUCACGAAAGGCUCUCGACGACUCUUAUGUGAUUAUUUAAAGACUUAUUUUUUCUAUAAUGAUAACGAUAAUAAUGAUAAUAAGUUAAUGCGUAGCGAAGAAACGUUUUAUUAAGGCGAUAAACUGCGAUAAUUGCGCAUCUACGGCAAAGACUCUUACUCGUGUAUAAACAUGACGGAAGUAACCGUGUAACAACACAACAUACAUGUACACGUACACGCAGCCACACAUAACAAUUAUUAUUGAGAACAAGUGAAAUAUGUACGAACGGCGAAUAAAUAAAGAACAUGAAUCGAC